AUGUCAUUGUCUCACCCAACAAUCAAAGACGGCUGGUUCGCCGAGAUAUCCGACACCAUGUGGCCCGGUCAGGCCAUGUCUCUCAGAGUGAAGAAGAUUUUGCACGUCGAGAAAUCCAAGUAUCAAGACGUCCUGGUUUUCGAAUCCACCGACUACGGUAACGUACUCGUUUUGGACGGAGUCAUCCAGGCUACCGAACGUGACGAAUUCUCCUACCAAGAGAUGAUAGCCCAUUUGGCUUUGAACUCUCACCCAAACCCAAAGAAGGUGCUUGUUGUUGGAGGUGGUGAUGGUGGUGUGCUCAGAGAGAUCGUCAAACACUCGUGUGUUGAAGAGGCUGUUCUGUGUGACAUCGACGAAACCGUCAUCAAGGUCUCCAAGAAGUACUUGCCAGAAAUGUCCAAAUCUUACGAGCACCCAAAGGUUUCAGUCCAUAUCGGCGACGGCUUCAAAUUUUUGGCCGACUACAAGAACACUUUUGAUGUGAUCAUCACCGAUUCUUCUGACCCAGAAGGUCCAGCCGAGUCUUUGUUCCAAAAGCCUUACUUCGAGCUUUUGAACGAGGCCCUGACUGAAAAGGGUGUCAUUACCACCCAGGCUGAGAACAUCUACUUGCACUUGCAAAUCAUCAAGGACCUGAAGAAGGCGUGCAAGAGUGUGUUCCCUGUGUCUGAGUACGCUUAUGUCACCAUUCCAACCUACCCCUCCGGUCAAAUCGGAUUCAUGGUGUGCUCCAAGGAUGCUUCUGCCGAUGUCAGCAAGCCAUUGAGAUCAUUCUCGCCAGAGGAGGAGAAGAAGCUGUUGAAAUAUUACAACAAGGAUAUCCACGAGGCCUCUUUUGUUUUGCCCACUUUUGCCAGAGAUGCUUUGAACUAG